UUUAUUUUAAAGCCUUGGACAGGGCUUGUAGCAUCUGAAAUUUGCUACUUCUAACUUCUAACCAGCUCCGAGCGGGACUAGAAAUUCUCAAAACCCUAACCUCGCCUCCUCGGCGACACUACUCUGCUUCAUCCAAAGCUUGGGACCCAGGUGAAAUUUCCAAGCAUCUCCCGAGUCUACGAUGGCGAUUGAUAGAAUAUUCAAGGAUGAGGCUGGUGAAGAAAAGGGUGAGCGAGCCAGAAUGGCAUCCUUUGUUGGAGCAAUGGCAAUUGCCGACUUGGUCAAGACCACCUUAGGUCCAAAGGGAAUGGAUAAGAUUCUGCAAUCAACGGGCAGAGGCCGGGAGGUUACUGUUACAAAUGAUGGUGCCACCAUCUUAAAAUCUCUUCAUAUUGACAAUCCGGCUGCUAAAGUCCUUGUCGAAAUCUCUAAAGUUCAAGAUGAUGAAGUUGGUGAUGGGACCACAUCAGUUGUUGUUUUGGCUGGAGAACUUCUACGAGAGGCAGAGAAGCUGGUCAAUGCAAAGAUACACCCAAUGACGAUAAUUUCUGGAUAUCGAAUGGCAGCUGAAUGUGCACGUGAUGUUCUAUUACAGAGGGUAAUGGAUAACAAAGAAGAUGCAGAGAAAUUUAAGUCAGACUUGAUGAAGAUUGCAAAGACUACUUUGAGUUCCAAAAUAUUAUCUCAAGAUAAGGAACAUUUUGCCCAGUUGGCUGUUGACGCUGUUAUGAGGCUAAAGGGCAGCACAAACUUAGAAGCCAUUCAGAUUAUCAAGAAGCCCGGAGGAUCUUUGAAGGAUUCUUUUCUGGAUGAGGGUUUUAUUCUUGACAAGAAAAUUGGUCUUGGGCAACCUAAACGUAUAGAGAAUGCAAAAAUUUUGGUGGCAAAUACUGCGAUGGACACUGAUAAAGUUAAGAUAUACGGGGCACGUGUUCGUGUUGAUUCUAUGUCUAAGGUUGCUGAGAUUGAAGGGGCUGAGAAAGAAAAGAUGAGGGAAAAGGUGCAGAAGAUUAUAGCUCAUGGAAUCAAUUGCUUCAUCAAUAGACAAUUGAUAUACAACUUCCCUGAAGAACUAUUCGCAGAUGCUGGAAUACUCGCAAUUGAGCACGCAGAUUUUGAGGGAAUUGAGCGACUUGGUCUAGUGACAGGUGGUGAGAUUGCAUCAACCUUCGACAAUCCGGAGUCAGUUAAGCUUGGCCACUGUAAACUAAUUGAAGAAAUCAUGAUUGGCGAGGACAAGUUGAUUCACUUCUCUGGAUGUGAAAUGGGUCAGGCUUGUACGAUUGUAUUGAGAGGUGCAAGCCAUCAUGUGCUUGAUGAGGCAGAGAGAUCACUGCAUGAUGCCUUAUGUGUGCUGUCUCAAACGGUCAAUGAUAGCCGAGUGUUGCUUGGCGGUGGAUGGCCAGAGAUGAUCAUGGCUAAGGAAGUGGAUGAGCUAGCCCGUAAGACCCCUGGGAAGAAGUCCCAUGCUAUUGAAGCAUUCGCAAAAGCACUUUUGGCCAUCCCUACAACUAUUGCGGAUAAUGCAGGCCUGGACAGUGCUGAGCUGGUUGCUAAGCUUCGUGCAGAGCACCAUAAGGAAGGAUGUACUAUAGGGAUUGAUGUCAUUUCUGGAUCUGUGGGAGACAUGGAAGAACUAGGAAUUUCCGAGUCAUUUAAAGUCAAGCAAGCAGUGUUGCUAUCUGCAACCGAGGCUGCUGAGAUGAUUCUUAGGGUUGAUGAAAUCAUUACCUGUGCUCCGCGAAGGAGAGAAGAUAGAAUGUGAAGAUUGAGAAUUGUAAUGUUCCCAGACCGUUGGUGGCUUUCUUGCUUUCUUUAACUUCAGCUUGCUAUUUCUUUUGCUGGCUUCUGGGAAUGUAGUAUGAUCCACAUAUCCUAGUGAUUAUGCAAAGAUUAAACGCUGGAUUAUUUCAAUCGGAGACUUUUAUAUGUUUUAUUUUAA